AGCUGAUAUCUGCUACACGCUGUACACAAAAAUGGCUGCUACAGAAGAAGAGAGGACUGUUCUGAUUGCCCAGGAUGGCAGUGAAUACUCGGACUAUGCAUUUGAUUGGUACAUGGACAACAUCCAUAAGACGAAUGACAAGGUUAUAUUGCUACACACACCCGAAUACCAUAAUGUUGUAGCGUCACCUAUGGUUAUGGCGGAUGUUUCUGUGUUGACUGAUAUGUGGAAAGAUGAGGAGAAGAGAGUUAAGCAAUUGCUGGAAACCUUGGGAAGCAAGCUGAAGUCCCGAGGUAUUGGCGGUAAAGUUAAAAGCGUUGGCGGACAACCAGGGGAAGUUAUUUGUAAGGUUGCCAAAGAUGAGGAAGUGUCGCUCAUUGUUACCGGAACGAGAGGUUUAGGAACCAUCAGGCGGACCUUCAUUGGCAGCGUCAGUGAUUACGUCAUCCAUCACGCGCAUGUUCCCGUUCUGGUAGCUCGACACAAAGACCAUCAUCACCAUCACCAUGGACACCACAACCAUUAAAAUGUACCUCUGCUUGUAAUUGUUAUACCAAAGGAAAAGAAAGAAACGUUAAUUUUUUAUAAGCAAAGCAUUUUUUUUAAUAUUGCAUGGGAAUUAAUGUCUUUCCAACAUAUUGAAAGUAUCAUGCAUAUUGCCAAAAUUAAUCAAUAAUUUUUCACAUUCCUAAUCAAAUAUUCAUUACAUAUUCUUUAUAAGGAAACGCUUUAGAUGAAAUUUAGAUUUUGCUAUCACUUUCGUGUUCAUCGUAUUCUGAAGCAUUGACGUGAUAUGCUUAAUUGUUGUGAAGUCCUUAAAUCCCAAAGUACCUAUAUUAAUCAGUUUAUUAACUAGCCAUAGAAAAUGUCGAAAAAAAUAAUUUUAAUUCAAUCAAAAUUGUUGGCACGCUUUAGCAAUUGUGAUCAGAGGUUUACAAAACCAUUAAGAAAAAUUGAUGAGUGCUGAAAGAAUAUGUAAUAAUAUCACUUUGUCAGCUAAAUGCGCUCAUUGUAAUAAUGUAACGAUCUGUUGUAUUAAGGAAGAUUUACAGCCGAGCUGAAUGGUUGUCACCGAUGGAGGACUAUCUACAUGCACGGAAGUACUGAAAAUCCGUACAGUUUCAUUCUACACAAUAUGCUAAUGUCUUUUACCAGUGUAAAUAGAAUGGUUUUAUCUGUAUAUCAACUAGGAUUAGAAUGGUGUAAAUGUAUCUGAAUGAGUAAGACGCGAUUAAUUUUAUGUGUAACAAUCCAUUUUGUCAACUGUUUAUAUAAUUUGCUAAGUAAAGGCUUUGUUUGCCUUGAACUGUAUUUUGAUGAUAUCAAGAGGGCCCAAUGUAUCUGUUUAUUUGAUACUAAGCAUUGCUUCUUAUCUAUUUGUGUUAUUGUAGAAUACUUUUCUAGUAUUAAACAAUAUCACAUUAGGGUCUGACAUGUAACCUUAUCGCCUGGUAUCUGUGUUGUUAUGGUAUUAUACACCACAGUAUAUAAGAAUUCAUGGCGUCGACUGAAGCAGUGAUCACCACACUUUCUUUGUUAAUCAGACUUAUUGAUUAAAUGUUACAACAGAAUAA